AUGGCUUGGGGAGCUGAUCAUAGAGAGUCUGAAGAUCAGUCUGCUGAAGAGAAGAAGAUGGUGGUACAUACAGUGGCUGUUCACGCUCCGGAGGUGAUCCCAAUCAUGUCUGAGAUGGGAGUGGCAGUGGCUCCCGGAUUCCAUCACUUUGUAGGUAUAGGAGUGAAGGAGGUGGCUGCUCACGAGGGCGUAGGUGGCUGUGGCGACAGACUUCUGAAGUAUAUCACAAGUAACUAUUCCCGGGAUGCCUGCAAAAUGGAGUGUGAGAUGGAUUUCUUCUUGAGCAUGUGCAACUGCAGGGGCUUUGCAAACCCAAGCGAAGAUUUUGCAUUUUGCACACCCCGACAGUUUCAGGAAUGUUAUAUCCCAGCUAAAGCUAAAUAUCGUCAGACAGACACUGGCUGUGAAGCUGGAUGUCCUGAAGCAUGCAGAUAUAUCAGGUUCACCACCCAACACUCCAGCUCCCCACUGACCAGGAACUACAUUACUGCGUACACCAAGGCCAAGGGUAAGACUGAAGAGUACUGGAGGAGGAAUCUUGUUAUUCUGGAGAUGUAUCUGAGCUCUAUGACCUACGAACACAUUGAAAAACAGCUGGGGUAUGGGAUCCUGGACCUGUUCUGUGACAUCGGCGGAGCACUGGGUCUGUUGCUUGGUGCCAGCCUGCUGACAGUGUUAGAAGUGUUUGACUUCUUGUGUAUCACUGUCUUCUCGGCGGUAUUUGAAAAGAACAAAGUUCAUGAAAUUGACAGAGUAGACAACUCCAAAUAA